AUGCCCAACGGAGUUUCGAAAGCAAAGUUCAAAGACGGGAUAUUUGUCCGAUUCACAAAAGAUUAUGUCAGUAACGGAGGGGUUUACAGAGCGCCGAAAGGUCUUGUUGGACAAGUAGUCGAAUCCCAGGUCUCAACUGGCCAAUUCAAUAUCCGUACUUUAGGGAAUGUAACCUACAUGGUCAAAUCAGGGACCACAGGAACAAACAUUCUCGGCGUUCCCGAAGAUUUCCUGGAGGUCGUUACUUAG